UUGGCUUCAAAAUUUCGACUGAGGUAGCCUUCCAUCUAUUUAGUUCAAUGAUCAUUAGUGUGUUUUUCUUUUCCUUCGUAAACAAUAAACAAUCAGAGGUCAUGAAAGAUGUCGCCAAUCUAUCACAUAGGUAAUUUUAUGGUGAAAUGAACAACAGCAAUCGUAAAAUGAAGAUGGUUUGGCAACAUGUUGAGAGAGGAAGCUCCAAGCAUGAAGAGCAUGUUGACUUGGAUGAAAAAAUUCGCAGGAUUAAAGAAAAAAACAAGGAACGAGAAAGAAGAUUUAAGGAAAUUCAAAAGGACAAAGAAAUGGCGGAGAAAGUUGACUUGAGUAAUGACAUGUCCGAGAGAACUAUGCCUUUGGAAUGUAAGAAACAAAUGCAUUCACAAGGUUUGAACGAAAAUAUUAAGCCUGGAAAAGGAAGAGGGAAAAUGUUGCUGGAAAUAAGUAAUCGCCCUUCAAAAGCUGAAAGGUUUAGAACAAAGCAACCAAAUACUGAAGUGAUAUCAACUGAAAGGUUAAAACUAAAAAAUAAAUGUCGGUCAGUUAUUCGAGAAAAAGUUAAAAGCAAAAGAAGACAAACUGAAACCAAAGUGGAAGCUGCCACUGAGAAACAUGAACAUGAUAAAUUUGAUGAAAACAUCAUAGGUAAUAAUAAUUCUAAUGAAAAGUAUCUGAAAUGGCAAAAGAAGGUCUUGUUAAAAUUGAUGAAAAAAUUACAAAAGAGGGCACCUCAUCGUCAUUAAAAAAUGAUAAAGAACAAUCCUUUUCUGUUAAACAAAAUGAAUGCCAUAAGAAUCCUGAUAGACCAAGUGUGUCAAUAAAAAAAGACAGUUUCAAGUAGUAGUUUAGAAGAGUCAAUGGCAAUGCUAAGUCCUCUUGACAUACCACAACAUUGGGGUGAUAUUGAGUUCAGUGAUGAAGAACCACCAAAGGUUACCAUUUGGAAAGAUUAGUUUUUAUCAUAAUGGAAUGUGUUUUUACAAUGUAAAUAGUAACUCGUUUUUAAUUAAUCAAUUUUUAAAGCAUCCAAGGCAAUGAGGGUAGGGAAAAUAUGAUGGCAAAAUAAUAUUCAUUUCUAAUUGCAAAGAUGUACAAAAAUCACCAAUUAAUAUUUCCUAUAAUUGCGAAAGAAAGGCAACAAUAAGAAAAUAACACAGCCUUUAAAA